UACGCGUCGGACGCGGGUGUUGCCAUUGUCUCUGGUCAGAUUGCCGCGCGGAAUUGGCCUCACGACCCGUGCGCGGUACCUUCGAGAGCAAUAAAAACGGACAGAGCGCGUGGUGUCGCGCGGGCUGCCUACGAGUAGGCGCGCUCUCUCUUUUGUUUACCGCAAGAGUUUUGCGUGAAUCGCUAGCGCACCAUAGAAGAAGACCUGGCCGGAACCCGGUCCCGCGAUGCUGCCGCCUGCUACGAUGAUGAAUGGCGCUGGUGUGUGUUGGCCGUCCCAGCAGUGAUUGUGGAACGUGUUGGCCACCACCACCACGUGCGCUGCCCGGAAGAGAAGAUGCACGCCACGCCAGACCGAGUUAUCUGUUGAUUAUUUAUUAACUGACGACCGUUCCGAGGGAUUCCUGGGGGGGGUGGGCGUACUUCCGGGGUCGAGGGUAGAUUACAGUGACCCAGCGAUAGCUGGGCCAAGUGCGCUUGUCUACUGUGAGCGGGGGUAAAAGUGUGUGUGUGUGUUUUUGCGUGUAGAUUGAAGAUACUAUCCAGAGGAUCUGAACCUGUACCAGUGCGGCCCGUUUGCGAGUGUCCAUUUGGUAGCCCUCCCUCAACCGAGGGCAUCGGAUACUGCAUCGAGGUGGGAUCGCUCAUCCACAGGAAGCGAGACUCAACGGACUGACCAGAACUGGACUGCAAAAGCGAAAGUAACUUCAUCAUAAAGCCGUCGUAGUAAAUUCUACAGUAAGAGUACGAAACUUCAAAGACGAAUCACCCCCCUUGGCUGGACGGAAGCGGGAGCAAUGAACGUCGUCUGGCGGAUAUUGUUUUACAUUGGAGUCCUGUGGCGAUUCUACGGCUGUCGGCACUUUAUCGUCGAGGCGGCCUGCCCCAAAGGGUGUCUGUGUCUGUCGCCGGCCCAGGUGAUGUGCAACAGUGGUGAACUGCGAGAAAUUCCCCUCAAAAACAUGCCCCUCACAGUAGAAACUCUAGCCCUGCAGAAGAACAUCUUCCCGGUGAUCAAGAGUGACGCCUUCCUGGGGCUGAAAGCUCUCCGAAAGCUGUCCCUCGAUCGGAACAACAUCACCACCAUUAAACCGUUUGCGUUCCGUGGACUUCCCCGGCUACGGGACCUCUCGAUCCAGCACACCCCGCUGGCCGUCGUGGCGUCGUUUGCCUUCGCCGGCCUCCAGAACGUGUCGCAGAUUUCGCUGUGCCACAACAAAAUUCUUCGCAUCGAGGCGUACGCGUUCGCCGGUUCCGCCGGCAUCCGGUUGCUCAACCUGGCGGACAAUCCGACCGUGCUGGUCGAGACUAAUGCGUUCUCCAGUCUCAGCUCCGUGGAUCGGCUGAUACUGCCCUCGGGGAUCCGGAACAUCUCGCAGGACGCGUUCUUUGCGCUUGAUAUGGUCGGCUACCUGAAGCUCUCCUUCAUGGACCUGUCCGAGGUAAGCGCGUUCACCUUCCGGGGGCUCACGAACGUGAAGCUGCUCUCGCUGCAGGAGUCCGACCUGGGCGUCAUCAGUGCCAACGCGUUCGACGGUCUGGACCACGUCGACACGCUCAACAUCCUGAACAACAAAAUCGACGCCAUCCACGAGCUGAACAUCACCGCCGUGAACCACGUCCGGACGCUGCGGCUGCAGGGGAACCACCUGCUGGAGACGCCGGAACCGGGCAGCAUCACGCUGGAGGGGCUGGGCGUGCUGCACGUCGUAGGGAACUAUUUUCCCUGCGGGUGCCACAUUCACACCCUGCUCGAUAGUCCGCUGGCGAACGGGAGUUACGCCUCCGGGGAGGACUUUCUGUCCAAGAACUACUGCAUUUCACCGCUAGAGGUCAACGGACUGCAGAUGGCCCAGCUGGACAUCUUCGCCAUCGGCCGGUGCCACGAGCAGGUAACCCGGGAAAACCUGGAAGCAUCUGGUGCGGCCAGCCUCGCCGUGUCCUUGGAUCACUUCCGGUGGUGCCGGGGGUCCAGCUCGUGGUGGUGUGACCACAGCCGGAUAAAUUAUUCAGCCACAGUCGCACUGCUGCACCCGUACGGACUAGUACUGUUAGCUUAUUUUAAAUAUUUCAGGCUCAAAAUCAGUUGAACUUAAUGGGUUUGCCUGUAGCACGUGAUUGUAGUGUGAACCUUCCCCUCCAGCAAACAGCAACAGCAGCUUAGAGAAUUAUGUAUGUGUGAAUGUGUUUGUUGGAAGCGUUUGUGUGAAUGUGUGCCCUGCGGGGCCUGGACAAAAUGGGUAGUUUGUUUUCAAUAAUGUACAAACAAGUUCUGUUUAAAAUAUUUAAUAGAGGCGAAUAGAAGUGUGAGCGCGAGUAAUUAUAGCGAUGAUGACGAUGCAGCAGCAAAAACAGCAGUAGCAGUAGAAGUGUAAAACUGUUAUGCGGAAGCUUUACGUGGAAAACUUUGCUAAAUGGAUUAUUUUACACAAAGGUGGAGCUUAAUGAACGCUUUUGUUGGUGAUUCUAUUAGCGUGCACUGAAAUGAAGCUUCUUCACGACUAAAUUAAACGCUACAAUUGGUGUUUUUUGUAGAUGCCGAAUUCAUCACAAUUAUGCUUUUGCUGAGUGGGCAUAAUUAUAACGGGGAAAUUGAUUCCAGGGACACUGAAUCUGUUAAAAUUGAUGGGAAAAUUGCACCUCAAUAUCAAAAUCAAUACGACUUAGUUAUUUUGUUAAACUGAAAUAUCAAACAAUAUAUAAAAUUUACCGAAUAAUUUUGAAUUGAUUGACCGUAUCCAACUUUCAAACAAUUCCUAUAUGCCUAAGAAGAAUAACUUAUGUUAAUACUUUUUCUAAUCUCAUCAUGUGUCAACGCCAACCUACAUAUAUCCACAACAAAAGUUUAUCAUCAAUACCAAACUAAUAUAAUAAAUUCAUGACUUCCCACCUAGCAAAACAUCAAAACCACCAAAAGUCCAGCCCUAUCACGCUGCCCAGCGUUCUCUAAUUAAUUCAUUGCAAACCUCAAAAGCCACACUUUUCUCGCCUUCCAUUUUUCCACAGUUUCCCGAGGCCAAAGCCACGGCUGCAAACCUCCCCCUCUACAGCUCCAUGGCUUAAGUUGACUUACUGGCCAGCCAGCCAGCCAAUCCCGUGCUGUAGCAUAGUGUAAAUAUUAAACUAUGCAACAGAUUGGGACCACCAUCAUUGUUUGUUCCCCGCCCUUCUUCCCUUAACCUUCCGCGGUCUUUGGGACCAGGAAAAUUUCAGCUUUUUUUCCCCACCCCGGAUGCUGCUGAUACCGGCGUUCUAUUGCAGGGCAGCACCACUACACCACAUAAUAAAAUAGCCAAAAACCGCCCUGAAUCCGCAUCCAUUUUAAUUAAAAACUAAAUUUAAACUAUGCAUUAACAAUGCAAAGUGAGCCAACCAGCAAUGUGCUGCCAGCGUGCAGUAUGGAAACGGCUGGCCGACCGAACGUGUUAUUGGAACUGGUUGCGGGAAACGUUUCGAUCCGCUCUUUAAGUUGAGUUGAUGUAAUUUGUAGCUCUUUUCAACCCCUUAACCUUCUUUUGAUUUUUAUUUGCCUUUUGUUAAUUUUCAUCGCUCAUAUACCAUUUUUGUAUCUUUCCUCUUUCAUUUCAUAUUUCUCAAUUCUCAUUUAUUAUUUAUCAUUUCUCACUUCGCUUUUCUCUUUUCAGAAUCGUUCAAUAAUUUCCGUAAUAUAUCAUUCAAUUUGUUGUAACUGAUUUAUUUUCAUUUUACACUUUGAGCUGUGCUGAUCAGAGUUAUGAGUCAUUGAAGUAUCGAUAAAAUCCACAGAAACUUAAAUUCAUACACAGUACAUUCCGGCCUUUUUCUGUGCUCUUAAAUUCCGGCGUGCCAGUGGCACGAAUUCCAUUUUCGCUAACAUACACUCACGCACCAACAUUCCUGACCGACUUCAAAAGGACAUGGUCACACCACCCACACCAGCCCGUAAUCCUAAAACCAACAGUUCAAUAGGAACUUGGAAAAAAUGUAAUAAACAGUGUAUUCGUGUCACCAUUUUUUGUGCCUGGUACAGUUUGGCCGCAUCAAUAAAUUCAAUCAUGUGACGAUAUAAUAUUUUUGCAAUCUUUUCAAAUUACUACAUUCAGUUUCACAGACAAGCUACAGUUUCUCUUCAGUUUCUGCAAAAAAAAGGCAACACAAGCGAAUUCUAUUAACAUCACUAACUUUGUAAGCAGAUCGUCACUAUGGUGAAAUCUUGUCACAGAGCUCAUUUGAGCAACUCUCUACGAAAUCGGCCGAUUUCGACCAUUUUUAUUUUUUGUAUUUUUUUAUUUGACUCAAACUUUGUGGGGGCCUUCCCUAUGACCAAAUAAGCUAUUUUGUGUCA